AUGCGUCGCCUGAGGUAUGGGACUUUCCUCAAGUAUUGGAACAGAAAGUGGACAUUGGUGCUGAAGUUUCGUUCCCAAUCAGAAUUUGCUCAAUGUGAUAUUUGUCAAGAAUUGAAAUCUCAGUAUCAGAACCGGAAUUUGUGUAUGGGAGAUCGCCUUCAAGCACUUAAAUUGUAUCGGACUCAUCUGGUUUCACAAUACGCCGACAGAUGCUCUUUUUGGAGCUUGAAAGACGUGGCAGCGGACCAACUGUCACGCAUCCUGGUGCUGGCCACAGACGGUGCAGACCAGGCAAAGUAUGCCAUCCCACGUUCGCCUGGCCUUGUUCAUGCACACCGUGCUCAGAAGCUGGUGCGCCCGAGGUUAAAACUUCACGCAGUAUGGAGUUUUGCCCACGCUCUUCGCAUUUGCGUGCUGGAUGAAACGACUUUCCAUGGGAGCAGCAUGGUAAUCCAAGCUCUUGCUAUGACUAUAGAAGAUUCAAUGAGAAUUGCUGGGUCCAGGGGCGCAAAGCCAGACACCUUGGCAGUGAUCGGCGACAAUACCGUCAAAGAGUUGAAAAAUGGUUUUUGCCUCCGAUAUCUUCUGAGUCUGAUACUUCACAAACGACUGAAGUGUUUGCGCUGCAUUUGA